CUCGUCCGAAGGAUCGCACUGCAGUCGACUGUCGCGGCAACGACGCGCGCCCGCGACCACGUCGUUCCGCUCCCGCUCAAAGGAUCACCUUACGUAAUAACUAAUCGGAUCGAAAUCGUUCAUCCGAUUAUCGAUUGUGAAAAGUGAACUUUCGAUACUUGUGUACUAUUUUUUGUUUAUAAUUUUUUUUUUCGCGCUACAGUGAACUUGAAUAAUUAUUAUUGUGCGCUCUGGUGUUAUGUUAUUGUUUUGUUUUCGCACGGACUCAUAAGAUUAUUUUGGGCGUAGCUGUUUGCUUUACAAUAUUUUUGUUUUUGACUCUGUGAGUGAAUUUGGUAAACCAUACCUAUCUCAAACGAUUUUAUGUUGUUGUGGUAAUUGACUAAUACAGUGCUAUGUGGACAUCACUGAGACAUUAUCAUCUCAUGUGAAAACUGAACUUCGAAUAACAGUUGUCAGGCAAAACACAAUAAGAAACUAAACAAAGAAACGGCACGCGAACGAAAAAAAGACCAAUCCAAGUACUCGUACAAACAUCGACACUGAUACAAAAAAAGUUUGUAUGAAGGACCGAGUGUAGUGACUGGAGGGUAGAUUGAAAAAAAUGUUGCGUUCGAAGUUCGAAGUAGUCGUAUGCACGGUGAGAGGGUGACGGGUCAUUAUGCGCCGGGAGUGAGCGCGGGGCGGACGUCCGGAUGCACCCGACCGGCGCGGCCAGCCUGCCCGCCGCACCGGAGGCGGAGGUGCAAGCUAUGCACUCGAUGGACUGGCUCUUCAAGAAGGAAAGGAUAUAUCUCCUAGCGCAGUUCUGGCAACAGCGAGCUACCCUGGCGGAGAAGGAGGUAACGACGCUGAAAGAACAGCUAGCUACCACCAGCCCGACGCCGCUCCAAGCAACAGUACCCCCUAAAACCAAUGGAUCUCACAUAGAACCCACGAGAGAUCAGGCAUCAGAAACAAGAAUUCCCGAUAGAUUUAGUCCAGAUAUCAAAGAAGAGAAAAGAAGAUCACCGGAUAUUGAUGAGGAUAUAGAACAAAAAAUAGAAAUGGCCGCCACAGCGAGGAGCAAUAGUAACUCCUCGAGAAGCAGCCCUGUAGUCAAUCAGACCAGUAACUUGGAGAACGAGCUGGCUGCGAAAGAAAAAGAGAUUGCUCAACUAGUAGAAGACGUUCGACGACUCCAAGCGUCGCUUUCAGCGCUUCAAGAAGCGCACGCGCAGCAGCUGCAGCGGCUAGAAGAAAGGCUGGACGAGAAGAAACAGCACAUCGCGAGGCUAGAAGCACGGCUAGACACACAGAGAGAUUAUGACGAUAUAAAGAGAGAAAUCAGCAUGCUCCGAUUUUCGGAGCUGGGCCCAAUUGAGAGGCCUCACUCACAUUCACUCCCUAAAGACAUAUUCGGAUCACAGAAUCAUUUACUUCGGUCUAUGGAGUUGGGUCCAAAUGAGCGAGUGGAGCGCAAAGAGGCGCUACGCUCACCCGCCGCUUCUGCACAUCGCGACAGCUCAAAUGAACGCGAACGGAGUGCGGAGAGACGGGAUAUCGGUGGCGAGGAGUGGCCCAGCACGCCACCUCCGCUGAAUAACAACACGACGCACCACAACAACAACGGGCCCGUGCCGCUGCCGCUCCCUCCGCCGAGCCCCUUCCGCUUCGACGAGCACCGACCCUACAGGUUCGCGGAAGACAUGGGCCCUCUGCCGCCCGGCGCGCUCGUCGGCCGCCUCGGCGACUCGCUCAUCCCCAAGGGCGACCCGAUGGAAGCGCGGUUGCAAGAGAUGCUCAGAUACAACAUGGACAAAUACGCCAAUUCCAACCUCGACACCUUGCACAUAAGCCGACGAGUCCGAGAGCUGUUGUCGGUCCACAACAUCGGUCAGAGAUUGUUCGCGAAGUACGUCCUGGGCCUGUCCCAGGGGACGGUGUCGGAGCUGCUAUCGAAGCCGAAGCCGUGGGACAAGUUAACCGAGAAAGGGCGAGACUCGUACAGAAAGAUGCACGCGUGGGCGUGCGACGAGGCGGCCAUCAUGCUACUGAAAUCACUGAUUCCUAAAAAAGUUGGAACGAAGGAUGGUGGAACUGGCUUUGGAAGACCGGAGGGCGAGGGUGACGAACGGCUUGCGCAUAUGCUCGAGGCCUCCCACAUAAUGAAAACCCCCACUGGCCAGCCCAACAACGAUGACUCUAGAAGCAACGGAGACUCCAGUUCACCGCGAACACAGUGUCCUUCGCCUUUCUCCAAUAAGGAUUCAAGUCAAAAUAGAAGAUUGAAAAAAUAUGAAAACGAUGACAUUCCUCAAGAGAAAGUGGUGCGCAUAUAUCAAGAGGAACUGGCCAAAAUUAUGACCAGGAGAGUCGAUGAUAUGAGGCACAGUCGCGACGGUUUUCCUGGCGUGUUUCCUCCUUUUUUCAGCGGCGGCAUGCCCCCACACAUGGAGAGACCGCCCGAAGACAUCCGCAUGGCGCUAGAAGCUUAUCAUCGGGAACUUGCCAAAAUACAACCCGGUGGCAACAUUCCAAACCUCCAUAACUUGCCAGGAAUGCCACCAUUCCCUAAUCUUCUUGCGCUCCAGCAACAAGCAAUGCAAGCGCAAAAUCAACACAUAAACGGGUCCGGAGCGGUCCAGGACCUCUCCCUUCCUAAAGACAAGAAUACCAAAAUUAAUGGAAUGACUGAUAGUGAUAAGGAUAGAUCUAUGGACGCCGAGGAAGCUAUAAGGCACGCGGGUAGCGCUUUCUCCUUAGUUAGACCGAAACUGGAACCAGGGCAGCAGUCGACCGGAUCGUCAGCGUCCAGCCCGCUCGGUAACGCAAUUCUUCCCCCCGCGAUAACGCCGAACGAUGACUUCAGUAGUUCAGCCGCGGCGAGUCCCUUGCAACGAAUGGCUUCAAUAACGAAUAGUUUAAUUUCACAACCACCGAAUCCACCGCACCACGCGCCUCCGCAGCGGUCAAUGAAAGCGGUCCUGCCGCCGAUCACGCAGCAACAGUUCGAUCUCUUUAAUAAUUUAAACACAGAAGAUAUUGUCAAGAGGGUGAAGGAAGCUUUAAGCCAAUACUCGAUCAGCCAAAGAUUGUUCGGUGAAUCCGUUCUCGGGUUGUCACAAGGUUCCGUGAGCGAUUUACUUGCCCGGCCGAAACCGUGGCAUAUGCUCACGCAAAAGGGAAGGGAGCCUUUCAUCAGGAUGAAGAUGUUCCUGGAGGAUGACAACGCCGUUCACAAACUGGUCGCAUCGCAGUACAAAAUCGCGCCCGAAAAACUAAUGAGGACAGGAAACUACAGCGGAGCACCUCCAUGUCCGCCAAACAUGACAAAGCCGAUGCCACCGACACAAAAAAUGAUCUCAGAUGCGACAUCGUUGCUGAGUAAGAUGCAGCAGGAGCAGCUGCUCGGGCCCGCGCACCUCGCCCACCUGGGGCAGCCGCCGCCGCUGCUGCUGACGCCGCCCGGCUUCCCGCCGCACCACGCCGUCACGCUGCCGCCGCAGCACCACGACAACACCAAGGAGCGGAAGCCGCCGCCGCCGCCGCCGCACCACCAGCCGGUGGCCAUGCGCGGCCUGCACCAGCACAUGUCACCCAGCGUCUACGAGAUGGCGGCUCUGACGCAGGACCUCGACACGCAGACGAUCACCACUAAAAUAAAGGAGGCGUUACUGGCGAACAACAUCGGCCAAAAAAUUUUCGGUGAAGCCGUACUGGGCUUGUCGCAGGGGUCGGUCAGUGAACUCUUAUCGAAGCCCAAACCGUGGCACAUGCUCAGUAUCAAAGGCCGAGAACCGUUCAUUAGAAUGCAGCUGUGGCUCAGCGACGCUCACAACAUCGACCGUCUACAAGCGUUAAAGAACGAGAGGCGAGAAGCUAACAAGAGACGGAGAUCGAGCGGCCCCGGCCAGGACAACUCCUCGGAUACGUCGUCGAACGACACGUCGGAGUUCUACCACUCGAGCUCUCCGGGACCCACGUCCGGCGUCCCCUCUGCCAAAAAACAACGAGUGUUGUUCUCCGAGGAGCAGAAAGAAGCGCUGAGGCUGGCGUUCGCCCUCGAUCCUUACCCGAAUAUGCCGACGAUUGAGUUCCUUGCGGCAGAAUUGGGUCUCUCUACCAGAACUAUAACGAAUUGGUUUCACAAUCAUAGAAUGCGGCUAAAACAGCAGGCACCACACGGUCUGCCGGCCGAACCUCCCGCGCGCGAGCAAUCGUCGGCUCCAUUCGAUCCCGUGCAGUUCCGACUUCUACUGAACCAGAGGCUCCUCGAGCUCCAGAAAGAGAGAAUGGGACUCGCCGGAGUUCCGUUACCUUACCCCCCCUACUUCGCGGCGAACUCCAAUUUCGCCGCCCUAAUAGGCCGGGGUCUUCUUCCUCCCGACGAGCGGGUGAAGAACCCGACCGGCGGCCUCGACCUGUCGAUGCCGCUGAAGCGAGAGCCCGACGGCGAUGACUUCGAGGACGACGACGUCGAGAGCAACCUCGGCUCGGAGGACUCGCUCGACGACGAAUCCAAGACUGAGCCGAAGACGGCAUCGACGCCCGCGGGGCGCUCGAGUAGACGGAAGCCCGCGGCGCCGCAGUGGGUGAACCCCGACUGGCAGGACGAGAAGCCGCGCAACCCCGACGAGGUGAUCAUCAACGGCGUGUGCGUGAUGCGCAGCGACGACUUCCGGCGCGAGGCGGAGCAGACGGUGCGCGUGGAGCCCUCGCCCGCGCCGCGCGAGCCCUCGCCCGCCUCGCCGCACUCGCCGGCCUCGCGCGCCUCGCCCGACGCCCUGCCGCCGCUGCCGCCGCGCGCCGCGCUCUCCCCCGACGUCCUCCCGGAGGACAAGAUAAAGACUGAGGCGGACGACGACCGGUGGGAGUACUAGACUGUAGUGAAUACGAAAUGAACUCUCAUAGGAGUGUUAGCGGUUAAAACGGGUCCGAGUGUUAGUUAAUGUCGCAUUGGACGGUUAUUUAUUUUAGAUAGGUUUGCGAUCCAUCGAAUGGAGAACGCGUCCGGCCGCCCGGUGGGCGAGGUUGAGUGCAAAUAUAUCGAAUAGUUAGAUGUGUUCUGUAAUGAUUCGAUUGUAAGGCCAAAGACUCUGUACAUAGCGUUCGGCUCGCGUGCGGAGCUUGUUCGCUGCUGCCGCGACGCCGACGGAUAAAUUGUAAAACUUACGAUACAAAAGUUGCAUUUUGCUUUAAUUUUUAUACACGAGAGUACCUCGAAAGGUAUAUCUGAGUAAUUUUAAGUUAUGGCUUACUUAUGUUUUAUUCGAUUAUUGUAAAUAAAUAUACCAAAUAUGUAUCGAAGUAGCUCGUGAGCCACGGUCCUGUAUAUAUGUACGUAGGCUAGCGGUACGUUGUAUUCUGUAAGAUAAAGUUUAUCGUUGUCGAUAAUUAGGGGUAGUAAAGGUUCAUUUAAUUGUUAAAAAUUUUAAAGUGCAAUCAGAUGUAAAUUUAAGCUAUGGUCUAUAAUAGUCUAUACGAACCCCAGUUGAAAAGUAUUAUUAUGUUUAUAUGAACCGGUAAGGUUUUAAAUAUUAUAGAUUGGUUUACUUGAGUUACAUUUAAAUUAUGAGUUUUUAUUUUUAAUAAUUUUACGUUUUAUUUCUAUAUGUAUUAUUAUUAUGAUGCGGUACGCCUACGUUUCAUUUUGUAUUAUUUGCCAGUUUUUAUCAACCUAUAUCUACCUAUUCUUUUUCUUGCCCUGUCCGUAGAAUUAUAUCAGAGUUGUACUAUUGAUAUAUUUUUAUUAUUUAGAGAACGUACAAAUCUAGACAGAAAUAAAGUACACUACAGUUAAGCAAAAAUGAUGUAUUGCUUUUGGUUAUAGUUUUAUUUUAUUUUAGCAAUAAAUUUGCUUUUAAUCUA